AUGACACCGCCCAGAUCCCCAGAAGCGGACAUUCUCCAUCCUCGAUGGUUCGACCUCUCUGCGGGCCAACCCACCUCAUUCCAGUAUAACGGCUUGGUGAAAUCGGCCCGAGCAAUCAAGAGAAAAUGGCCAACAUACCCUGAAGAAUGGGCUUCUUUGAUGGAUUCAUUCCUACCGAAAGAGCUAAGGUCAAACGACAGCUUGCCCGUUUCUGCUCUUCAUCAGGGCGAAGAUGAUAUACGAGAUUUGAUGGAACUCCUCGCAAUUGCCCAAAGCAAGUACGACAUCAAUGUUUUGCAAUACAUGACCCUCGGUCAGCGUAGGUAUAAGGCAGUCCUUCAUCUAGCCGAUUCACUUCUCAAGCCACUCGAUCGCUCUUCAAAGAAUGCCAAUGUCGAGUCCCUUCCCUCGAAUCUCAAUUGGCCGUUUUCCUUCACCAAGGGACCAAAAACGCCACUCGAGCUGAAGUCCCCAUCGCAUCCGAGGAAAAACCAAAUUCCAUAUUGGGAGUCAUCGUUUGAUUAUGAUGGAGCAACAAUUCAUGGCCUAGAAGAGAGACGAGUUAUGCAAUUGAUCUUGCCUCUCCUGGCCAAGCUUGUCGUUACUGCCACACAAUUCGCCAAACUCGACAUGAAAUUCGAUGCUGAACGACAAAAGAUUAUGCGCACCGUUCAUCAGAUUAUUGCUCGAAUGCAUAAUUUGGAUCUUGUGCCUUCGGAAAUGUAUUCUUAUUCGCUGCCUCAAGGAACAACAUUCGUUCAACGGCCACCGAUAUUGCACCUGCUUUCAUCUAGAAUCUUGUCUACUGUAUCCGAUGCUGUAUGGCGUUCACAGCAGGACGAGGCGAUAGAACAGGCUUUGAAACAAGGUUUAACUCAUAAACAAAUCUCACAAGAUGUUCCUGGCGGUCGAUUCCGAUUGAAAGUUCGUGAGUUGGGAUCCGAAGUCUGGCUUGAAUUUCUCUUGUGGUGCUGUGUCGAAGGUGGCUAUGCAGCCGCUGGGACUCGAAUUAUCAACAUUCUGAGAGAGGAGACUGAGAACCCUUGGUAUGCCGUUCAUUGGUGUUCAAAUCAUGGAAUUGAAACUCGGCUGCCUUUGGUGGACUGGGAAAGAGCCAAGUAUCGCUUAGGAGGAACGGCGGGCCGUGUGGAGGGUUACUCUGCAGACGAACCCUUUGCACAUAUCCCUAGUCAAACAAUUAGCGCCGAGGUGGUUCUGGCUCUAGUUGAAUGUCAGUUCAACAACAUGCAUACUGGAAUCAAAGGCAGUGGUCAUUCUGUACAGAAGUUCCAGAAAGACAUACUCGCCGUGGUAUCAUUCUUAGAGCCGCAUGCUCUGGGCCCAGAGUAUUUCAAUUACCUGACAGUUCGCUUUCUGCAAACUGGUGGAGGAUUUCUCAACACACAACCAGAUCUCUUGCGGCGAUGGUACGAGAUUAUCACGCAGCUGCGAUCAUUGGAAACAGUCCAACCCCAAACUGUUGGUAUGCCAGGUCUCACUCUUCAAAGGAUCGCUACUCAAACCGAACUCCAAGCUAGUAUCUUGCAUCAGGCAUUACAAGGAUACAUGAACCAGAACAAUGCCAGUCAAGCCGUCAACUGCGUCACCGAUAUUCAAACUCAUGUUGAUUCUAGCAGAUUGGAGUCUAUUGGCAAUUUUCUCCUGUCAUCUUCUCAGCAUGGCAAUCCUGACGAUCUUCCAGAAGGUGCUCACAAGAUCCGCCUUGAUUUCCUCAAAUCACACGGUCAACUACCGCUUUACAAAUUGGCAGCAUUUCUCAAUUUGGUCACUAACACACAACUUUUCGGUCUUGGUCAAUGGCUCUUAGAAUCGGAAGAUGUAGACGGGCCUUUGAUUCCAAAGUCAGGCUACCAAAGCUUGUGUAUGACAGUGGCGUUGACCAAGUACGCUGGUGCUACAAAAGAUGACGGUCUGAUGAGGCAAGUUCUCCAGGCUCGAAAAUCGUCCAAAAUCCGGUCUUCGGUCAAUAUUUUGAGAGCUACUGUCAAUGCUUCGAUAAGUCUCUCGGAUUGGAGAACAGCACGCCACUUCCUGAGAGAAUUGAAAAGCGUUCCCGGCGGUGGUUACAGCCCCAAGAUUGUGACAAGACUCGGAGCCAGGAUUAUUCAAAUCGAGAGUCAAUUGAACCCAUCAAAUCAAGGCAAAGACCUCACUGAGGCUACAGGACUGUUAUAUGACAUUUUAGCUGGACAAUAUGAUGGCGCCAAGUCCGGUUUCAUGCUUCCUGUGAGAAAGAGGUUCGACCAAGAAAUCGGUUAUCUUUUGCGAAUCUUUCAGAAUCUGCUACCUCCUAAGUGGCGAGAAACAGGUGGUCAGGCUUAUGUGCCGGCGGGUCACCUUGCUGACCUUGCUCGCUUGUUCAAGCCAAAGUAUUCUGUUAGCAACGAGGCCAACAUGAGUGUCACAACAUUCAACGAUCUACUAUCGGCAAUUGUCGAGUCCAGAGGUGCUGUGGAAGGUGUUCGAAUGUGGAAUCUUUUCUGCAAAGAUCCCUAUACAUCAGCAACUUCUGAAGAGGUUCCGUCACUGGAAGACUAUCUCGUCCCUGAGAUCAGGGUAGUACCAGGCGAAGAAGAAGGUGUUUCUUAUGUUUUGAGGUCUACAGAACAAAUGCCCCAAUUGAUGUAUGAUCGUGUUCCGAUUAUCGCAAGCGUCCAUGAAGAUUUAUCAAAUAUUCCGAUUACGGAAGCCAGUUUGGUCGACAACAAGAUCACACGGGGUUCGUUCAAUCCCAUUGUGGUACCAAAUACGCAGACCUUGCAUGUCAUCGUUAGAGCCGCGAUCGCCGAGAAGAAACAAUUGGAAGACAUGCUGCACACCUCGCAGAAGGCAAAACUGAACAAGAUUCUGGAUUGGGCGACAGAAUUGUAUCCGGCCCUCGGUUACUCGAAGAGAGAUAUCGAACUCGAGACGCAGAUACCACAGUCAAUAAGAGGGGAGAUCACUUCACCAACACAGUUGAAGUGGAUGAAUGACCGACUGAGGGUGAAAGCCGGUAUCCGAGAGAAAGGCCAGCCAGAUAUAGGAGUUCUGUUCACUUCUGACGCGCCAUUGACGAGACUCCCUGGCGUGGAAAGGCUGGGAACAUCUCAAGGCCAUCCAUCUGACUCCUGA